CACACCUAAUUGUUGUUGUUAUUCUAGCUUUCAUCUCUUACGAACAUGAAGCCAUAGCACAAUAUGUACCACCUUAUACUUCCAUAGUUGUUCCAGUAACCAAGCAUACUGAUGCUGCUAAGCCUCUUUAUAGCGUUCAAAUCAUGACGGCAUAUGUUAACAUGCAAUACUUGCAUGCGAACUUCCUUAUAGACAUCGACGCUCCAUUCAUAUGGCACGACUGCAUCGUGCAAUGGAACAUAUAUCCUGGUAGUUGUCCAAGCAACACACUUUGCACAUCUCCGGUUUCUUGUGAAGAAUAUCAAUGCACGGACGUGCGAACUACUUACUCAUAUGAGCAUAAUCCUCCCUGCCCUCCAGUAACCAACAGUUCCACAUUGCCUGGUUGGGGAUAUUGUACAUGUCCGGUAAACGUGGUGGACCCCGUUACCGGAUCAUGUGGCGAAGCGCUGCUCAAUUAUGACGAGUUCACGGUUAACACAAGCAAUGGUAGAAAUGUUUUCACUGGUUUAUAUGGUGCUUAUCCUAACGCAGCAUGUGCUAAUUCUUCCUCAUUUGAAUCAUUCCCUGCUAAUGUUACUGGUGUCAUGGCAUUUUCCUCAUCUCCUUACGCGUUUCCAGCUUAUUUAUUUCAACCGCUUAAAAGAUCAUUAGCUCUAUGUUUGCCAAGCAAUUCGUCUACUCGUGGAGUUCUUUUCUUCGGUUCUGGUCCUUAUUACCUUCUUCCCAACUCGGAUGUUGACGUUAGAAGUUUACUUUCGUAUACUCCGUUACUAAAGCAUCCAGACUCUUUUGGAUACUAUAUUGGUGUCAAGGCCAUUGUUAUUAAAAACAAAUCUAUUGGCAUCACUGGGAAUUUCUCUACUAAACUUAGUACACUUGAGCCUUACACCGUCCUUAGAACUGAUAUUUAUAAGCGUGUGAUUUGGGCGUUUUCGGUUGCAGCAAUAGGAAUCCCUCUUGCAAGACCAGUGUCUCCUUUUCUCCUUUGUUACCAUUCUGGAUAUAAGUUUCCCAAUAUCGAUUUCAGUCUCGAGGAUGGGAAGAAGUGGACUGUAGACAUGUCUAACUCCAUGAAACAAGUAACACCAGAUGUGGCGUGCUUGGCGUUUGUUGAUGGUGGUGCGACUGCUGAACAUGCGAUUGUGAUCGGGACAUAUCAGUUCGAAGAUAACUUUCUGAUGUUUGAUUUGGAGAAUUCGACUUUCGGUUUUAGUUCUUCGCUGUUGCAUGAGCAAACAUCCUGUUCAAACUUCAACUUUACGCUAACUGAUGGCAAUUGAAAGAUGUAUCUGUAAGCAUUUAGCUGGACAUGGACACGUAUUCAUAUAUAAUUUGCUUUCUUAAUAAACAAGUUUAUGUGAAUUGUAACAUGUAUGUUUACCAAGAAGUCGA